AUGAUUGUGGACGUGGAAAAAGGAGGUCUCAAAUUACGGGUGUGCAAUAUUUACAACUCAGGGCAUGAGGUGCAGGGAUGGGUGAUGGAUCGCUGGCCAGUAGGGCUUGCUCAAGAGGGUAUGUUUCUUUUGUUAGGGGAUUUUAAUGUUCACCAUGAGGUUUGGGACGCAGGCUGCAGGGCUGCGGAUGCAAGGGGCAUUGCUCUAUUGGAUACAAUGGACCGCGAAAGACUCUGUUUACUAAAUCAGCCGGGAGUUUGUACUUGGAGGCGGGGUAGUUCAGAGAGUACUCUGGACCUUGCAUGGUGUAAUGUGGAUACCCACCAGAUGGAUGUGAGAUGGGCAGUAUACGAGAAUGAGGAUAUUGGGUCUGACCAUGAGGCAAUAGCAGUUGAUAUCUUGGGACAGGCAGAGUGGGUGUCAUCACCAAUUCAGGAGAGUUAUAUAACUAAGGAGGCUACUGAGAAGGAGUGGGAGGAGUGUGUAAGGGCAGUGGAAGUAGUUGUUAGGGAACGGGAGGGAGAGUGGAAUCAGGCAUGUGAGGCUUGUGAUGGGAGUAAGUUGGCUGAUUUACUAGGAGCAGCGUUGAUGGCUGGGAUGAUGGCUUUUAGGAGAAAGAAGAUGCAUUGGAGGUCGAAGGGAUGGUGGGAUAAGGAGCUGGGAAUUCUGCGUGGCACAGCAACUCGGGCCCGAAGGGUCUGGAAGCAGUCAGUCCUGCAGCAAGACCGAGAUGAUGCAUUGGGGUACUACAAGGUCUGUCGGAAUACCUACUUUAGGGCUAUAAGGACAAAGAAGAAAAAAAUGUGGGAAGACUUUGUAGGAGAGCGAGGUAGGGAGGAUUUGUGGCAGAUCCUCCGAGUGGUUAAAGGAGUACGGACUACUAGAUUACCUGAAUUGGUAACCGUGCAGGGAUCUGCUGUUUCCUUUGAAGAGAAGGAGUAG